GCGAUAAGGAUCCUAUGCUAGGAUCUGCAAGUGCCCAGUUCUGUUUGCCUGUUUUGGAUAGCAAUGGUCCCAAUUUCCAGAUGCCUUGUUCAACAGGGUCUGUGUCGAAUGCUCCUCAUCUGGGGGCCUCAUGGGGCUGUACUAGCCGAGUUAUAGCUCAGGUGGUUUGAAAUUAGCAAGAUUCUGUGCUUCAAAUUCUUCUGUAAAAUUAAAGCUACAGCACAGAGUCUUGGACCAGGAUUCAUUAAUCACACAUAGGAUCUUGGGAUAGGAGAGGCUGCCAUUGCAGAACCAAACUUAGAAAGUGGGGAGAAUGGCUGGUACAGUGGCUUGACUGCCUCUUAGGAAACCUAUUUUCAGGAGCAACCUCUGGGAUCCUUCUCAGGUGGGAAGGGACAGUGAGGGACAGCUGAUCCUCUAAGACUGGGGACCUUCCUGUGGCAAAAAAACAAUAAAAAUUUAUUGGUCUUGAUGAUAUUAUGGAUGAAGAAGGAGUUAAAGAGAGUGGUAACGACACCAUUGAUGAUGAUGAGCUUGUUUUACCUAACAGGAAUUUGAGGAGCCGAUCUGAAGAAACAUCAGUCACAUCACCAAGAAAAUCACCACGUUUAAUGGCACAAGAAUCAGUACGGAGCUUGCGACAGAGCACGCUAGCCAAGCGUUCAAAUGUUGCACCUCUUGUUAAUACCAAGAAAUCAUCUGUAAAAAGUGGUUCUGCUCCAAAGAGUGGACAGAAACAAGAGAGAAGUCCAGCCAAAGAGACAGAUGUUGCUGCAUCCUUGAAAACAGAGCAGCCUAAAGAAGUUAGGCGUAGUACAAGACGAUCAGGGCAGACGGAAGGAACAGCAGCAGCAGUAACAGCAUCCCAAAGUAAUACAAAAUGUCUUUCUGGUCCCGAAGAGGUGAAUGAAAUAAAGUCUGAAACCUCUGAGCAGGCAAAAGUUGAGGAAACAUCCCAAGAGUUAAGUUGUACUAAUGUAGCAGGAGCCUGUUCUCCUUCUCCUAGGGAAACAAAAGAAAUAACAGAGGUUGCAACGAAGACUGAAUCUGGGAAUGCUGAGUCAGUUUGUUUAGUAUCUGCAGAUACUAAAAUUCCUGCAGUUAAACAUGAAGCAAAUGAUGUGAUUGGUUCAGUGGGCUCUGAAACUUCUUUAGAAGAAAAGACUGAAAAUAAACCAGAAGAAUUGGAGAAGACGGAAGAGCAUGAUCAAAGUGGAGUUACUGCAAAAGCUGAUGAUCCAUCUAGUGCUUGUGUGAAUCCAAGUGAAAUUUGUGAGACCUUUUCAAAUUUGUCCAGCUCUGUAGAAGAAGGGGUUGACUGUAGUUUAGGUUCCCAUAAUGUGGAAGUUCCUGAUGAAAAUAUGUUGUCAGUAAAGGAAUGUGUAACAGAACCUGUAGAUAAUGACAAGGGAAUGGAGAAAACUGUAACUUCAUCUGAGAAACUAUUGGACAGUACAGAGUUCAAUAAUAAAGACUUGAAAAGCAAAGAGUUAACUUCUGCUGACCAAGGAAAUAGCAAUUUAGAAAGCACUGUUCUUGACCAAACAAGCCAAAAAGUACAGCAGCAGAUCAGCAGUACUAAAGUAGAAGGCUCUGAGGCAUCAGAAUUUCAGGAUGAUGAUAAACAAACUACCAUUGCAUCAAAAUGUGAAAAGAAUGUUAGGCCUCGGCAUAGUAAAUCUGUAAUACAGAAUAAGCAAAAUCUGACUGCAGGUCCUCGACAGAAAUCAGAUACAGUGCAACAAGAAAUAAUUCGUUCAAGAACAAGAGCUGGACUUACUGUUUCAGGUCUUCACAGUCCAUCUUCAGCAAGUCUGAAGCGGAAUGCAGAUGAGCAAGAGAGUCAUCAGCACCCAAAUAACCCAGUUAAAAUUAGGAAGAAACAAUCUGAUUUGGGUUUGAAAGCAAAGAGCUGUGUUUCAGGGGUGACUGUAAAAAAGCAGACCAAUACAAUGCUGAAGAAAAUACCCCGAGUCCAGGCUUCUGGGCAAGUACAGAAGUCAUCAAUUCAAAGAGCAAGUGAGAAAUCUCCUACUCAUCAAAGCUGUUCUAAAGAUACACACCACUCUGUGCAGUCAUUAUCAGGGCAUGUUUCAAAUCUUGGUCAGAAGCAAGCCCAAGGUCAGAAACACCAGCUUGCAACUGUACUAAAAACAAAUAGCUCCACAAAGGAGGAGGCAGAGACAAAAGAUCCUCCUGUUGUAGAACAUCUGAAGGAGGAUGAUAAAGAAAAAAACAAAUCAAAAAGAAUUGAUAAGAAUCUCCAGCCUCGACAGAGAAGAAGUAGCAAAAGUCUUUCACUUGAUGAACCUCCAUUGUUCAUUCCAGAUAACAUUUCAACUGUUAAGCGGGAAGGCUUGGAACAUACCUCUGCAAGUGAAAGCAAAUAUGUUUGGGUGCCCAACAAGCAGUGUGGCUUUUGCAAAAAGCCACAUGGCAACAGGUUUAUGGUAGGCUGUGGUAGAUGUGAUGAUUGGUUUCAUGGUGAUUGUGUUGGACUCAGCCUUUCUCAAGCACAGCAGAUGGGUGAAGAAGAUAAAGAAUAUGUGUGUGUGAAAUGCUGUGCUGAAGAAGACAAAAAAAUGGAGUGUUUUGAUCAAAGUGUAUCAGAGACUCAAGUGAAACUUGAAAUCCAUAGAGAAGAAAAAGCAAUUGAGUGUGAAAAACUGGGGAUGUCAAAGCAAACACCUGCUUGUAAUGUAAAUGUAACAACUGAAAAAACAAAGCAGACAGAGGACACUGGGAAGCACAAAGUCAAAAUCUUCAGACGGGAAUCUGGUGAUGGGAAGAACUUGUCAGAGUCCAGAGACUCAGAUACUAAAAAAGGGCAACAUGUUCCUGCUCGAAAAGGAUCACAAACUGCUGUAAUUCCUCGGCGGUCCCCUGAAGAUAAAAAUGAAAAAAUAAGUAAAGAAUCCCUUAGCAUGGCUGAAAGGUCCACAAAAUCAGGUGUUCAUGAGAAACAAGAAAUUAAGAAAAAGAAAACUGAGAAAGGAUCUAUUAGUGCAACAAACAUGCCAGCCGUGCCGGCUUCCAAACCUUCUGCUGAUCAAAUAAGGCAGAGUGUCAAGCAGUCUCUUAAGGAAAUUCUGAUGAAAAGAUUGACAGACUCCAGUUUAAAGAUUCCUGAGGAGAGAGCAGCAAAAGUUGCCACAAGGAUUGAAAGAGAGCUGUUUUCUUUUUUUCGGGACACUGACUCAAAGUAUAAGAACAAAUACAGAAGCCUAAUGUUCAACCUGAAAGAUCCUAAAAAUAAUAUACUAUUUAAGAAAGUAUUGAAAGGAGAGGUUACUCCAGACCAUCUAAUAAAAAUGAGCCCAGAAGAACUGGCUUCCAAAGAACUGGCUGCUUGGAGACAGAGAGAAAACAGACACACCAUUGAAAUGAUCGAGAAAGAACAGAGGGAAGUUGAAAGAAGACCUAUCACAAAAAUUACUCACAAAGGAGAAAUAGAAAUUGAAAGUGAAACACCAAUAAAAGAACAAGAGGAAGUCAUGGAGAUUCAGGAGCCUAAUGUGAAGUUGUUUGAGAAAUCAGAGGAAGCUGAAAAAGAUAAAGUAGUAAAUGAAUCUGCAUCUCCGGACACCACAAGUCAACAUAAAAAUCAUCUCUUCGAUCUUAACUGCAAAAUCUGCAUAGGCCGAAUGGCACCACCUACUGAUGAUCUCUCUGCGAAAAAAGUGAAAGUGUCUGUUGGAGUUGCGCGGAAGCAGUCGGACAAUGAAGCAGAGAGCAUUGCAGAUGCACUUUCUUCAACAUCAAGUAUUUUAGCUUCAGAAUUACUGGAAGAUGAUAAGCAAGACUCAUCAAAAUCAUCAUUCACACCUCUCCCAAAGUCAGAAACACCUGGUACUGUGGAAUGUGAAAGUCUGUUUCUGGCACGCCUGAAUUUCAUCUGGAAGGGGUUUAUCAAUAUGCCUUCAGUGGCAAAGUUUGUUAUUAAGGCUUAUCCAGUUUCUGGCUCUUUUGAGUAUUUAACGGAGGAUUUACCUGAUAGUAUUCAAGUAGGUGGCAGGAUCUCUCCUCACACUGUCUGGGAGUAUGUAGAAAAAAUCAAAGCUUCAGGGACCAAGGAGAUCUGUGUAGUUCGCUUUACCCCAGUAACUGAAGAGGAUCAGAUAUCCUAUGCAUUGUUGUUUGCCUAUUUCAGCAGUAGAAAACGUUAUGGUGUAGCAGCCAAUAACAUGAAGCAAGUGAAAGAUUUGUACCUCAUCCCUUUAGGUUCCUCAGAUAAAGUCCCACAUCAUCUUGUGCCUUUUGAUGGGCCUGGGAUUGAGAUACAUCGACCAAAUUUAUUACUGGGAUUGAUAAUUCGCCAGAAAAUGAAGAGGCAGAUUACUGCUGUUGCAAGUGUUGCUAGUAGUUUUGUGGAUGAAGCUUCUGAAAGUACCUUGAGUAACUUGCCACCAGAGAAGAAAAGCAAGCCAAACAAACCUGAAGUCUCUCAUCAUGAGUUGGCACUAGAAGAAGAAGAGGAAAAUGAUUUCUUUAAUUCUUUCACAACUGUCCUACACAAGCAGAGAAAUAAACCUCAGCAAUCUAAUAUAGAAGAUGUUCCAGCAGUUACUGAACCAUUGGUAGAAAGUACCAAACAUGAACCACCGAAGCCUCUCAGAUUUCUUCCUGGAGUCCUGGUUGGAUGGGAAAAUCAGCCUUCUACUCUGGAGCUAGCAAAUAAACCGUUGCCAGUUGAUGAUAUUCUUCAGAGCCUGUUGGGUACAACAGGGCAGGUGUAUGAACACAGCAAGUCAGAAGCUAAUCCCAGUGAAGACAUACCAUUAUUAAAUGAACAGGCAACCUUAAAAGAAGAAAACAUGGACGUUGCUGAUGUAACUAAUGAAGUUAGUGAAGCGAAGACUGCUUUGGAUGAUCUACAAGAAUCUACUAAUGCUGCUGUAACUGUGGAUGCAGCAGCUGUAGGGACUUCAAGUUCUGCAAGAAGUGCUGGAUCUUUGAUAGGGCUGAGUCUUAAGGGAAAACCUCCAGAUGUCUCCACAGAAGCAUUUUUAUCAAAUUUAUCUGCUCAGUCACAGAAUAAAGAAACUGAAGAAAGUAAAGAAAAUGACCCAAAGCGGCAAUUACCCGACAAGGAUAAUGUUGCACAGGAAAUUAGAAGGAUCACGAAUUCCAGCUUUUCUUCUUCCUCAUCAAAUGCAGGGAAAAAACCCAAUGACAACAAUGUUAAUGUAGGCUCUGCUGAAGGUACCACAGCUAAUACCUCUAAAUCACCACCAUUUAUUAAUCUUAAAAGAGACCCACGACAGGCAGCUGGUCGAAACCAGCAGACUACUGCUUCGGAAAACAAGGAAGGAGAUGUUAGCAGAAAUGAAGACCGACAGAAUGCUUCAGGAAAUGAUCAACUAGAAUCAGAGAAUAAACAACAGUCUUCUGGAGAAGCAGGCUUAAACCUGUAUCAAAGUGAUGCACAAACCAGUGAGACGCAGUACAAUUCAACUGCAGCAAAAGCAGAUAGCACAGUUGCAUCACAGACGGAAGAUACCAAACACUCACAGGAAGAUGCACUGAUGCAAAACAUUGAAACAGUGAACUCAUUUAGAAGAGGACCAGGAGCACCUUCAUCUCAUUUUGAAGCUGAAAACUCUUCUCGUUCUGAAUUUAUUUCCAAAGUCCCAAGCCCUAUUACAAGUGGCAGCUUCUCAUCUGUUAGACCUCCACAGCAGAAUUUUCAGCAUCCUAAAUCUAAUCCACCUGGAUUUCAGUUUCAGGCUCCUGCACCUCAUAACUUCCCUCCACAAAACAACCCUAUGUUUGGAUUUCCUCCUCAUUUACCACCUCCACUUCUUCCUCCUCCUGGCUUUGGCUUUCCUCAAAAUCCAAUGAUGCCGUGGCCACCAGUAGCUCAUUUAUCAGGUCAGCCCCCACACUAUGCUGGACCCAUUGCACAAGGGCUACCAAUGGCUCACAAACAAUCAAGAUUUUUGGGGCCAGACAAUUUUUUUCAGAGUAAAGACAGUAGGAGACCAGAAAGACGCCACAGUGAUCCUUGGGGCAGACAAGAACAGCAUUUGGAUAGAGGGUUCAAUAGAGGAAAAAAUGAUCAACAUAGACAAAGAUUUUACAGUGAAUCCCAUCACCAAAAGAAAGACAGACAUGAAAAAGAGUGGAACAAUGAAAAGUACUGGGAGCAAGAUUCUGAAAGAAACAGACGCAGAGACAGAAACCAGGAAAAAGAGAGAGAGAGGAAGAAUAGAGAGGAAGGACAGAGAGACAAAGAAAGAUUGCGGUCUCCACACAGUGAUAGGUCUGCUGAUGGAAAAAGCCCCAGAGAGAAUAGAAAUCCAGAAAAAAAGACAGAGAAGCCUAAAAGUGAAGAACAGGCUCAUGAAAAAGAUAAGGAGAGGGAGAAAAGCAAAGAGAAGCAUAGAGAACGAGAAAGUGAAAAGAACAGAGAAAGACAUAGGGACCACAGUGACAGAACUAAAAGCAAAAGGUAAAAAGAUGCAGGCAGUCUUUUAAAAUCCUAUUUAAAUAAACUGUUAGAGUAAUGUCAUAAAACUUUGUAUUAAAGAAAAAAAAAAGCCUGCUAGGAUUGUGCCAUCUUUUUUAUUCAGUGUUGGUGUUUUGCAGAAACAAGUCUGUGUUUUGGUACCCCUUGAUGUACCAAUACUCAUCCUUUUUUUCAUUAUACCAACUAUCGCUAGAAGUAGGAGUUUAAUAUUUUUUAAAAUUUUACAUUGCUGUAUAUUCAAAAUUUUAAAGAUUUCUUUUAUUAAUAUGCAAUAAAGGCUUAGAAAUUCUUUAGCUGAUGAAGUUGGCUUUAGUCAAGUCUGCAGUAUAGUUGCUGCCUUUGGUAAUUUGUGCUCUCUUCUGUUUUAAGAUGCUCUAAUAAUUUUAAAGGUGAAUUUCAUACAAUAACCUUCUUUAUAAAUUGCACUGUUUUUAAAGACUGUAGCAAAGCCUCAGAAUCCACACACAUUACAACAAAAUAUAAUAUGCUUGUGGUGUGAAGAGUUGUUUUUUGUUUGGUUGUUUUUUUUUUCUUUAAAUUAUUCAGUAGUACAGUAAAAUAAUUCAAGUGUAUUUCAUUAGUUUUUCAGAUAUUUCCUAAGCAUCUGAAGCAGUUUGUGACCAGAAAUUGGAAGGCUGAGCUGCUCGAAUGUUAUUGCUUUAAACUGCACUUGUUUUAAUAAGAAAGCAUUUUUAACCGAAAUUCUUGAAAAUAUGAUUUAUAGUAGUGAAUUAAUUUCUCCCACCAUUUUCCUUGCUUCAGAAACUUGAAUACCUAAGCCUGUACAUUACUUUGUGUUUUGCUAUCCUUUUUACUGUAAAAUGUAAAUAUUUUAAGGGAUAUUUUGAUUCUAAAAUGAUAAAACUUUCUCACAUA